AUGCCGCCAAAAGGAAAAAAGGCGCAGGACAAGGGCAAGUCGGGCGAAGAGGAGCGCGACGAGCCGCUGCAGGCCGUGAUACUCGCCGACCCGUUUGAAACACGCUUCAGUCCCUUCACACUCGAACACCCAAGGUGUCUGCUGCCCCUCGCAAACACCCCGCUCAUCGAGUACACGUUCGAGUUUCUCGCAAACGCUGGCGUAGAGGAGGUCUUUGUAUACUGCGGUGCACACCGGCAACAGGUUGAAGACUAUGUGAAGGCUUCAAAAUGGUCCUCCAAGUCAUCGCCCUUUUCCAAACUAGAGCUGAUCCAGUCGACAUCGCAUUCCAUCGGUGAUGCGAUGCGCGACCUCGACAGCAGGGGAUUGCUAGUCGGUGACUUUCUCUUGGUCUACGGUGAUGUCGUUAGCAACCUGCCACUAGAGUCUGCCCUCGCAGCGCAUAGGGCGCGACGGUUGAAGGACAAGAAUGCCAUUAUGACCAUGGUGCUGCGCGAAGCUGGUACCAAUCAUAGGACAAAGGCCCAGGAAACUAGCCCCGUCUUUGUUAUCGACCCGCGCAAGGACAGAUGUUUGCACUUUGAGCAAAUGCCCAACCGGGAUCAGACCCACUAUCUCUCCAUCGACCCUGAAAUACUCUCGACCCACCAAGAAAUCGAGGUCCGCGAGGAUCUAAUCGACUGUGGUAUCGAUAUCUGUACACCGGAUGUGUUGGCGUUGUGGAGUGACAACUUUGAUUUCCAAGCACCUCGCAAAGGCUUCCUACAUAGCGUAUUGAAAGACUAUGAGCUCAACGGCAAAACAUUCCACACGCACAUCAUAUCAGACCACUACGCGGCAAGAGUACGGAAUCUCCACGCUUACGACUCAGUCAGCAAGGAUAUCGUGUCACGCUGGGCGUAUCCACUAUGUCCAGACAGCAACCUGGUGCAAGGGCAGUCAUACAGGCUGCAGAAGCGUAACACGUACAAGGAGGAGGGUGUUAUCCUAGCUCGCGACUGCAUCGUUGGGCCCAAAACGGUCAUCGGACGGGGGACCAGCGUAGGCGAAAAGAGCGUCAUCACCAACAGCAUCAUUGGAAGAAAUUGCCAGAUUGGCCGAAAUGUCAAGAUUGAUGGAGCAUACAUCUGGGACUACGCCAGCAUAGGGGAUGGCAGCACGGUGACCAAGGCGAUUAUUGCAAACGAAGCAGCGAUAGGGCGCAGGUGCACAAUAGAGGCUGGCGCACUCAUCUCAUACGGAGUUAGCAUUGGCGAGGGCAUGGUUGUUCAGGGAGAGCACAGAAUCACAAGAACAAAGCGGAGACGAGAAGAAGGCGAGGAACUCGUUCGAGGCGAUGCGGAACCGGCGAUUGUUGGUGAGAAAGGCGACGGGUUCGAGUUUCACGACUCAGAUGAGGAUGAUGAGGAUGAGCUUAUCGAGGGUCUUGUGCUCAAGGGGCCGAUGUACAACCUGUCAAACGAGUCAAUAUCGACCCUCAACUCGGACUCCGAAGCAGAUGAGUAUGAUAUAGAGCGCCGCGAGAGAUCAGCGACGAGCAGUUUCCUUUCAGUAGGCUCUGCAGACAGCCAACACGCGGCCAACUUUGAUCACGAUGCUUCGGCGAGUAUCUACGACUCGCUGGUUGAGGGCCAUGAAUCUGCCAAUAUUCAACUGGAACUCACAGCACUUCGUAUGAGUACCAAUGCGUCGGACCAUCAAGUCAGACGUGCAGUCGUCUCGUCUUUCGUCAAGCGUGUCAUUUCACUCAUCAAAUCGGGCGAGACAAUGAAGAGCGCAAUCGCGCAGGUCUUUGGGCAGCACAAGGAGCUUAUCGAUCGGUCCAUCUUCGAUAAGAGCGCGCAAAGCAAGGUUGAUCAAAUCGACUUUUUGCUGUUGCUGCAAGCAGACCUGUGCAACAAGGAAAACGGCGAUAGCAUCCUGCUGAGCACAGCAACCAAGCUUGUUGAGUUGGAUUGUAUCGAGGAGGAUGGCAUGCUGCAGUGGUGGGAAGAUGAAAAGAGUGCGGAAAAUGCAGAGAUGGCGAAGGUGCGGGAAAAGACAAAGUCGCUCAUCGACUUCUUGCAGCAGGAGAGUGAAGAUGAGAGUGAGGAGGAGGAAGAGAGUGAAGAGGACGAGUAG